AUCAAAAUAUUUUAAUAUUUAAAAAAAUAUAUACGGAAAUGAGUAAAAAUUUAUAACAGAAUUUGGGACACGUGAUAUCUAUUUGACAAUUUUCAUUUUCUUUGUGUAUUUGUAUAAAUACUAUUUUUUGAAAAUUUUAUAAAGAAUAUUAAAAUAGGCAAAGUAUUUUUAAAAAGAUUUGAGAGAUUAAAAAAUGGCAAAAAGAAUACAACCAUCUUGGGUUCCACCACAAAGAAAAAAUAGCUCAGUUCUUAAAUUGUAUAAUAGUUUAACAAGAAAUAAAGAAAUAUUUGUUCCUCAAUUUGGAAAUCAUAUAUUAUGGUAUAGUUGUGGACCUACUGUUUAUGAUGCAUCACAUAUGGGACAUGCUAGAUCAUACAUGUCUUUUGAUAUAAUAAGACGUGUAUUAUCCGAUUAUUUUGGAUAUGAUAUUUUAUAUGUGAUGAAUAUUACUGAUAUAGAUGAUAAAAUUAUAAAAAGAGCUAGACAAAAUUAUUUAUAUGAAAAAUAUAUAAAAGAAAAUCAUACGCUUGAUAAAAUUUUGGAUGAUGCAAAAAAUGUAAUGUAUAUCUUUGAAGAUACUGUAAAGAGUACAACUGAUACAGAUAAAAAAUAUAUAUUACAGAAUAUAUUGUGCAAUGUAGAGAAAGCUAUUGAAAAUCUUGAAGAUGCAGUAAAACUUAAAGAUGAAGAUAAAAUGAAGGAAUUUCAAGAAUUAUUAUUAAAAGAAGUACGAGAUCCUUUGGCAGAAUGGUUGGAUAAAGAAAAAGGUGCUAUGGUUACAGAACAUUCAAUUUUUACCAAAUUAUCGCAAUAUUGGGAACAGGAAUUUCAUAAAGAUAUGGAUUCUUUAAAUGUAUUAAGACCAAAUGUUUUGACUAGAGUUAGUGAAUACAUACCAGAAAUUAUAGAAUUUAUUAAAAAAAUUAUAGAAAAUGGAAUCGCAUAUGAAAGUAAUGGUUCUGUGUAUUUUGAUGUUUCUACUUUUAAUAAACAAGAUAAACAUUAUUAUGCCAAACUUGUUCCGGAAGCAUAUGGUGAUACAUUGAGUUUACAAGAAGGAGAAGGAGAUUUAAGUACUUUAGAGAUAUCUGAAAAAAGAUCGCCAAUUGAUUUUGCACUUUGGAAGUGUUCAAAAGAAGGAGAGCCAUGGUGGGAAAGUCCUUGGGGUAAAGGACGACCUGGUUGGCAUAUAGAAUGUUCUGUUAUGGCAUCUAUAAUUUGUGGAGAAAGUUUAGAUAUUCAUACUGGAGGAGUAGAUUUAAAAUUUCCCCAUCAUGAUAAUGAAAUAGCACAAGCAGAAGCAUAUUUUAAUAAUUCUAAUUGGGUUAGAUAUUUUCUCCAUUCUGGUCAUUUGACCAUAUCUGGAUGUAAAAUGUCUAAAUCAUUAAAAAAUUUUAUUACUAUACAAGAUGCAUUAAAAAAGUAUUCAGCAAGACAACUUAGGCUUGCAUUUCUUUUACAUUCAUGGAAAGAUACAUUAGAUUAUAGUGAUAAUACCAUGCAUAUGGCUAUUCAAUAUGAAAAAUUUUUGAAUGAAUUCUUUUUAAAUGUAAAAUGUAAAAUUAGAUCUUUGGGUUCAGAAACAAAUAUCAAUACUUUUAUUAAAUGGACUAAUUUCGAAAUAGAAUUAAAUGAAAAGUUUUAUAAUGCCAGAGAUUUUGUACAUAAUGCAUUAUGUGAUAAUAUUGAUACAAGGAGUGCACUUGAUGCAAUUAGAGACCUUGUAACGCAUUGUAAUAUUUAUAUGAAAGAAAUUAAACAACCAAAUACAUUAUUACUUAGAGAUGUUGCAGUUUAUAUUACAAAAAUGUUUACUAUAUUUGGUACUAUAUCAUAUUCACACGAUGCUAUUGGUUUUCCAAUAGAUAGUAAUAUCGUAAAAUUAAAUGUCGAACAGGCUGUUAUGCCAUAUCUUGAAAUUUUGGCAAAUUUCCGUGAGAAAGUAAGAAAUCAUGCUAAAACUUUGAAAGCUAGUACUAUUCUUGAAGAAUGUGAUACAUUACGUGAUGAUAUUUUACCAAAUAUUGGAGUUCGUUUAGAGGAUAGUAAUAAUGAAAUUUGUAAAAUUAAACUAGUAAAUAGAGAAGAUCUUUUAAAAGAAAAAGAAUCUAAAAAGCAAAUGGAAUUAGAGAAAAUGUUAGAAAAAGAAAAGAAAAAAGCAGAAAUUGCUGCGGCAGCUGUAAUGAAAGAAGCACAGAGGAAAAUUCCCCCUUCUGAGAUAUUUAAGUUAGAAAGAGAUAAAUAUUCUCGAUUUGAUAGCAAUGGUUUACCGACGCAUGAUAUUAAUGGUAAAGAAAUUAGUAAAGGGCAAAUAAAGAAACUGCAAAAACUUCAACAAGCGCAAGAAAAGAGAUAUAAUGAAUAUCUCGCUUCCAUUUAAUAAAGCGCUUAAUAUAGUAUUAAUUUUAUACAUUAGAAAGGUGAUUGUUUAAGAAAAACAUUGAUUUCACCUUUUUAAAAUAUUUAUUUUCAUGUUAAUUUUUAUCACUGCAUUGUUCAUUAAUUUAUUACUGUUUAUGAACGUAACAACAUGCAUAUAUAAUAUUUAUAUUUAUCUUUGUAUUAUUAAAAAUUAAUUAAAAAAUUAUUUUUAACUUAAA